GCAGCGUCUCGAGCUGCAAGUGUACGCGUCACGCUGGUUUCGGUUUUUCCAAUUCUGCAACAUCAAAGGCUAAAGGAUAAAGAUCUAGAACUAACGUUUGGCAAAAAGCUGCAACAUGUAUUUGCCGUACUCUCAAUUGCCGGAUCCGACGGAUAAAUUUGAAAUCUAUGAGGAAAUAGCGCAGGGUGUAAAUGCGAAAGUGUUUCGCGCCAAGGAGCUGGAAAACGAUCGCAUUGUAGCGCUUAAGAUUCAACAUUACGAUGAGGAGCAUCAGGUGUCCAUUGAGGAGGAAUAUCGCACCUUGCGCGAUUACUGUGCGCAUCCCAAUUUGCCGGAGUUCUAUGGAGUUUACAAGCUGUGCAAGCCGAAUGGCCCGGAUGAGAUUUGGUUUGUUAUGGAGCACUGUGCUGGCGGCACUGCUGUCGAUAUGGUGAACAAGCUGCUGAAGCUGGAUCGGCGCAUGCGUGAGGAGCAUAUAGCUUAUAUAAUACGGGAAACUUGUCGUGCUGCCAUUGAGCUGAAUCGCAAUCAUGUGCUGCAUCGCGAUAUUCGUGGCGAUAAUAUUCUAUUAACGAAGAAUGGACGUGUCAAGCUUUGCGACUUUGGGCUGUCGCGUCAGGUGGACUCUACUUUGGGUCGUCGUGGCACUUGCAUUGGCUCACCCUGCUGGAUGGCGCCAGAGGUGGUGACCGCCUUGGAGGCACGUGAGCCGGACAUUACUGUGCGUGCCGAUGUGUGGGCCCUGGGCAUAUUAACCAUUGAGCUAGCGGAUGGCAAACCGCCAUUUGCUGAUAUGCAUCCAACGCGUGCUAUGUUUGCCAUUGUGCGUAAUCCGCCGCCUACAUUGACACGCCCCACCAACUGGUCGCAGCAGAUUAAUGACUUUAUAGCUGAAUGCUUGGAAAAGAAUGCCGAGCAUCGUCCCAUGAUGGUGGAAAUGGUAGAGCAUCCCUUUCUCACGGAGUUGAUUGAGAAUGAAGAUGAAAUGCGCUCGGAUUUGUCCGAAAUGCUGGAGCUGGCGCGCGAUGUCAAAACGCUGUACAAGGAGCCCGAGCUGUUUGUGGAUCGCGGCUAUAUAAAGCGCUUUGAUGAGAAGCCGGAGCGCAUGUAUCCGGAAGAUUUGGCUGCGCUGGAGAAUCCCGUAGAUGAAAGCGUACUCGAUUCGUUGCGCAAUCGCAUGGAAAUGGGUGAAUCCUAUAGCUUUAUAGGCGACAUUUUGCUUUCUCUCAACUCCAAUGAGCUGAAGCAGGAGUUUAGCAAUGAGUUCCAUGCCAAGUAUCGCUUCAAGUCACGCUCGGAGAAUCAGCCGCAUAUCUUUUCCGUUGCGGACAUUGCCUAUCAGGAUAUGCUGCAUCAUCGCGAGCCACAGCAUAUUGUCUUCUCCGGCGAAAGCUACUCGGGCAAAUCGACCAAUGCGCGUCUGCUCAUCAAGCAUCUUUGCUAUCUGGGCGAUGGCAAUCGUGGCGCCACUGUACGUGUGGAAAGCUCCAUCAAAGCCAUACAUAUGCUAGUUAAUGCUGGCACUCCAGUCAACUGCGAUUCCACGCGUUGUGUACUCCAAUACUGUUUGACCUUUGGCAAGACGGGCAAGAUGAGCGGCGCUGUCUUCAAUAUGUAUAUGCUGGAGAAAUUGCGUGUAGCCACCAUCGAUGGCAGUCAGCAUAAUUUCCAUAUUUUCUACUACUUUUAUGAUUUUAUGCAGCAGCAGAAUCUGCUCAAGGACUAUAAUCUAAGAUCCGAUCGCAGCUAUCGCUACUUGCGCAUACCGCCAGAUGUGCCAGCCACCAAGCUCAAGUAUCAUCGUGACGAUCCCGAGGGCAAUGUAGCGCGCUAUCUUGAGUUCGAAAGCAUACUAAAGGAUUUGGACUUUAAUCACAAGCAGCUCGAAACGGUUAGAAAAGUGCUGUCCGCUAUACUUAACUUGGGCAAUAUACGUUUCCGUGGAGCGGGCAAAUUCGCCGAGGUGGAGAACACAGAUAUGGUCUCUCGCAUUGCAGAGCUGCUGCGUGUGGAUGAGAAAAAGUUCAUGUGGUCGUUGACUAACUUUAUUAUGGUCAAGGGCGGCAUAGCCGAGCGACGUCAGUAUACUACAGAGGAGGCAAGAGAUGCUAGGGAUGCGGUGGCUUCCACGCUCUAUUCACGUUUGGUGGACUUUAUCAUCAAUCGCAUCAAUAUGAAUAUGUCUUUUCCCAGAGCCGUUUUUGGCGACACCAACGCCAUUAUAAUACACGACAUGUUUGGCUUUGAAUGCUUCCAUCGCAAUGGCAUGGAACAACUUAUAAUUAAUACGCUCAAUGAGCAAAUGCAAUAUCAUUAUAAUCAGCGCAUUUUUAUAAGCGAAAUGCUCGAAAUGGAAGCAGAGGACAUAGACACCAUUAAUCUAAAUUUCUAUGAUAACAAAACUGCUUUGGAUAAUCUGCUAACCAAGCCAGAUGGUCUAUUCUAUAUUAUAGACGAUGCAUCGCGUUCCUGCCAGGAUCAGGAUUUGAUUAUGGACCGCGUUUCGGAAAAGCACAGCCAGUUUGCACGCAAACGCGUCAAGGGCGGCAAGGUGUUUAAAUUGGGCAAGAAGGGAGCUGGACAGCAUGAUGAGGCCGCUGCAAAAAUACAAAAAGCUUUUCGUGGCUUUCGCGACCGUCUGCAUUUGCCACCUUUGGUUAACGAAAAGUCCGGACAGCUUAAUGAGAACACUGCCGACUUCAUAAGACCCUAUGCCAAGAAAUGGCGCGAGAAGUCAAUUUUCCAAGUGCUCUUGCACUAUCGCGCCGCACGCUUUCAGGACUUUGUCAAUUUGUCACAACAGGUGCACAUUUAUAAUCAACGCAUGGUUGCUGGACUCAACAAAAGCACACGCGCUGUGCCCUUUGAGCGCAUUAAUACGCGCGAAGUGAACUCUGCGCAGCUGGGACCUAUGCCUGUGCCUAUAAAGAAGAUGCCUUUUCGCCUGGAUCAAAUACCAUUCUAUGAUACACAGUAUAUGGUCGAUCCUGCCAAUUCGAUAUCGCGUCAAACGUUUCCCAAUCAUUUGCUGCUGCAGCAAACCGAAGACGACGAGCCCUGGGAUAGUCCAUUGCAGCGCAAUCCUUCGAUGACCAGCUGCCUGCUAACCUACAAUGCUUAUAAGAAGGAGCAGGCCUGCCAAACCAACUGGGAUCGCAUGGGCGAAAGCGAUAAUAUUUAUAAUCAGGGAUUUUUUCGCGAUCCACAGCAGCUGAGAAGAAACCAAAUGCAGCGCAAUAUGAACGCCUACAAUAAUGCAUAUAAUGACUAUAACAGCAAUGUAAACAGAAAUUGGAGCAAUCAGCGUACAGGCUCGCGUCGCAAUUCGUUGAAAGGCUAUGCUGCACCACCGCCGCCACCACCGCUGCCUAGCUCCAACUACUAUCGUAAUAAUCCCAAUCAGCAGCAGCAGCAGCAGCGCAAUUAUCAGCAAAGAAGCAGCUAUCCACCCAGCGAUCCCAUCAGAGAGCUGCAAAAUAUGUCGCGACGCAACGAAGACGAUAACUCCGAGGAGGCGCCUUUUAAUUUCAAAGCGAUGCUGCGCAAGACCAACUAUAAUCGUGGCGGUGAGAGCAACACAUACGAUUUUCACAAUCGCCACGAUUCGGAUACGGAGCAGCAGCACACAUUUCAGCCGCCCAAGCUGCGUGCCACGGGUCGACGCUACGAUGAGGAUCAGCAACAUAAUAAUGCAGGUAAUUAUGGCAUAGCGCGUAACUUUGGACAACGUGCGCCCACAUUGCGUCAGAAUCCCACAAGUGUGGGUCGCAGCUUUGAGCAGAGCAAUGCGCGUUCCUUUGAGGAGGCAGGCUCCUAUGUCGAGGAGGAAAUAGCGCCAGGUGUCACACUAUCUGGCUAUGCCGUCGAUAUUUAACUUCUAGUUUAAUUUUCAUUCCAAAAAAAAAAAAGUAAAUUGUAAAUCGUUUAGCAAAAUUGAAUAAAGUUGAGAGUUUUGAGCGUUGAGUUUAG